AUGGAUCGAGACGAGGAGAUGGGCCACGGUAACAGGUCGCUGCUGUUCAUCGGCGACGAGGACGACGACCUCGGUGCCGACCGGGACGGCGGCUCCCCGCCAUCCUCCUCCGACGACGAUGGCUCCUUCUCCGAUAGGAGCGACGACGCCGGCGGUGGCGGCGACUGCGACGAUCGGGACGCGCCCGACGACGGCCAGAAGGGCACGUGGCCGCAGAGUUACAGGCAGUCGAUAGACAUGUUGAGCGCGGUGCCGUCGCCGACGGUGAGCACGAUCAUGGCGGCGAGCCCGAGCCUGAGCAGGCUCGGCAACUCCUUCCUUAAGGCCGGGAGCUCCUUCUUCCUCAAGAAGGGGGCAGCCGGCGACGUCUCGCUGCCGCUCACCAGGCCGCUGCUGCCGCCCCCGCUCUCGCAGUCGCAGCAGCAGACGGUGAAGCAGUCGACGGACAGCCUGCCGCCGCGGCCUCCGCCACGUCAGGGGUCCGGGGUGCCGGAGAGGCCGUCGAGGGCGUGCCUCAAGUCCGAUUACAUCGAGCUUCCGCCGCCGGCUACCAAGUGCAGCAGGGGCCAAUCUAUCAUCAAUGGGUUCAAUGUUCUGUGCGGUGUCGGAAUUCUCACCACAGCUUAUGGAAUCAAGGAAGGCGGAUGGUUAAGCCUCCUCCUCCUGCCCUUGCUGGGUGCCAGUUCAUGCUACACCGGCUUGCUUCUGAAGAGAUGCAUAGACAGUUCGCCGAACAUUGAGACAUAUCCAGAUAUUGGACAAGUCGCUUUCGGCAUUUUCGGUCGAAUAUUUGUAUCGGUGGUUCUUUACCUGGAGCUUUAUGCAAGCUGUGUGGAGUACAUCACGUUGCUAGGAGACAGCUUGUCAUCAGUGUUUCCAUCUGCGCAUUUAGCUUUUGCCGGCAUCCACCUUAACGCGCAUAAUCUCUUCGCAAUCACAAUGGCCUUAUUAAUUCUCCCAUCAGUCUGGCUCAGAAACCUCAGCCUCCUCUCCUAUCUAUCUGCCGGAGGUGUGGUCGCGACAAUAACAGUCAUGGUUUGCCUAUUUUGGGUUGGCAUUGGGGAAGGUAUUGGGUUCCACCCUUCUGGGAGUGCACUUAAUCUGACCCACCUUCCAGUGGCACUCGGACUGUAUGGAUACUGCUACUCAGGACACUCAGUUUUCCCAAAUAUAUAUUCGUCGAUGAAGGAUCGCUCGCAGUUUCCUUUCGUGCUCGUGUUCUGCUUCAUAGUGUGCACAAUUGUGUAUGGUGGAGUCGCCGUCUCGGGAUUUAUGAUGUUUGGCGAGUCCACGAUGUCGCAAUUCACAUUGAACAUGCCACAACAGUACAUUCCCUCGAAAAUCGCCAUUUGGAUGACGAUUGUGAAUCCAUACACAAAGUACGCCUUGACGAUGACCCCAGUUGCCUUGUCGAUAGAGGAGGCACUGCCUAAGAAGAUGCAGAGUUACCCAGUCGGAAUGUUUGUUAGGACAUGUCUUGUCCUCUCAACUGUUGUGGUUGCUCUGUCAUUUCCAUAUUUUGCCUUGGUGAUGGCACUGCUUGGAUCUGUCUUCACUAUGCUUGUGGCUCUGAUACUCCCAUGUGCAUGCUAUCUCUCCAUCAAGAAGGGUGCAGUACCUUUGUGGGAGGUGGUCCUGUGCAUAACAAUCAUAAUGAUCGGCGUCGUUUGUGCGUGCAUUGGGUCAUACACCUCGAUUAAUCAGAUUAUUAGUAGCAGAUAG